UAAAAUGGCAGUGUUGUUGAAAAUUUAUUUAAAUAAAUUGAGAGAAACCAAGAGAAUUUUGAAAUUAUAAAAUUAUUUGCCGCUAAUGAUUUUUGAGCAAAAACUUAAAAAAUAAUUUUGCACCGAAAAUUAAAUGAGCCCAAAAUUAAAUGAGGAAUGCAUAAUAAUGCGGAAAUUCAAAUGAAAUUUUUGAAAUUUUUCUAAUUUUUCUACAAUAAGUAUAAUUUAAAAAAAUGAAUAAAGUUAGUACUCAAAAAAGGCAGUCUAGAAGUAAUGAAGCUUUCUUUCUUAAUGGAUACAAUACUGUUCAAACAAAUUGGAGGCCACAAUUACCUCUCCCAAAAGAAGUAAAUCUUUCGGGGACCCGGUCACAAUCUAUAACGAAUUUGUACAACGAAAAAUUAUCAGAAAUGGAUAAACAUAGUAAUAAAUCAUCAUCAUCGCUCAACACUGGUACCUCAUCAAAGAAAUGGUCUUUAGGCAGAUUAUUUCGUAAAAAGCAGAAAGAAAAUGAAACAGAAUCAUCAUCAGAUGAACAAGAUCGUAAAGCAGGAUUUUCACCAUCACAAAAACUUCGUAAAAAAGAUAAAAGAAAACGUUCUAGUAAAUUGAUUGGAGCCGGCUUCGAUCAUAUUGUAAUUAGUCCUAAGAAUGAAAAUGAAUUUUUUGUACCUUUUGAACAAAUUGAAUUACCAACUCCGCCUGCAGAACAAUUUCGUGCGAGUUCGUGUAAUUCAUUAGAUGGAAAAUCAUCUAAAAAACAUAGUAAAAAAGCUGUAUCAGGUCGGUCGCAUACUGCUCAACUUAAUGUCCAACCAAAUUAUUUUACAUCACAUCAAACUCAAAAACCAACAUAUAAUUCAUCUAGCGAAGAAGAAAUUAUAUCAGUUCAAUCAAAUAAGUAUCGCAGUGAUGAUAGUAUGGGUAAUGGUAGUGGUGGUCAAAUAGGAAAUACCAGUAAUGGACAUAGCGGUAAUGGUAAUGGUAAUCGUAAAAGCCGAUCAGCACGAACAGAACGUUAUUAUAAACGUAUGAGUCGUGAUGGUGAGAUUUCAAAUGGUGGAAUUUUACCUCAUGCACAAAAAUAUAUGCAACAAGUUAGUCCAAUUGCAACACGUUCAAAUCGUGUAUAUAACGAAAGUCCAAAUCAUAUUUUACCAAAUCGAGAACGUCAUAAAGUUCUUUUACAUCCGGAACCACAAUCUAUUAAUGAACCUAAAGUGCAAAUAAGACAAGCUACAAGCUUAAAUUAUGUUGCAUACCCAACAAGUUUGCAUUUAAGACACCAUAAUAUCGCCCCUGGUUAUAAAGCAGCUCCAAUAGCGCAAAAUGCAAUGCAUCAUCAACAGUUUUCCCAAAUACCUUCGAAAAAUUUACAAAAUUCUAUUACAAAUGACAAAAGAAGUAUUAGCUUUGACAGUCAUAUCCAUAUACCAAACAGAAAUUUAAAUCUUGCAAUGGAAAGCCGACAAAUGUAUCAACAGGAACCACCCCCACCACCUCCAAGAGAUCCACAACGUCGAGUUCAUUUAAAUACGAGCAACAAUGAAUUGCGACCUAUGUCAUUUGCGUUUGAUCAUCAAAAUAACGCGAAUUCAGUAAGUAAAAUAAAUGGACGUUGUGUAUCAGAUGACAAACUAUGGGGUCAGAAUAAAAACUUAUACCAAAAUACACAAAGGCCAUCAUCCACACAACCGGCAAAUUCUGUAAUUUACUCAAGCAUCACCUCAAAACAGCAUACUGAUCAAGGAGGUUAUACAACAAAACCCGUUGCAAGUCGAACUCCGCCUCCUUCAAUGAAGAGUAAUACCAAGCCAGCUGAUUUUAGAUAUGUCACUGAUUCUGCUCCAAGAUCAAGAAAGCCUAUACAUAUCUUAAAUCAAAGUUUCGUUUCUACACAAAUACCAUCACAAAAUUUAAUAAACGAACAAAAUAAAAUUGAAUCUCCAAUACGUACAACGAAAAGUGGAUUACUACCUUCCACCCCUUCAAAUAUAAAAACAGCUUCAAAUUUUUGGAGAGAGCUUGACCGCAAGGAACAGUAUCGACAAGGGCGGGAAUACGAAAAUCAACAUGAAAUAAGAUUAUCAAAACCAAGAUCUGUGUCAAGUUCUAGAGUGAAUGAAAUGCGUGCGUAUCGAAAUGCUACCUUUGAAGAUAUUUUAAACGGCAACAAAUCUCAAGUGGAUGGUAUAAAGCCAUCAUCAAGAGAAAAUGUUCAAAGAUCUCGAUAUGAUCAAUUUAGAAGGAGAAAUCAUCCCGCACAAAAUUCAUCAGAUGAAGUUGAUAAUAUUAUAAGUGGUAGCCUUUUAAUAAAACCAGCUCAAGGUAGAACAAGCAACUUGGUUGAGAUUUCAAACCAAACUGAUAUGAAACCUAAUGACAAAAGUAGAUCUAUGCCGAAUUAUUACCAAAAUAGAGGCAAAUAUGCUAAUGACAACCCAAUAAAUUUCAUAGAAAUGCCUAAACCAAAUAAAUAUGAUGAAUAUGUAGCUAAACAGCGUGAACAAAAUCGUAUACUUGGUUAUGACCAGAAUUUCGAUUUUAAGAAUGGUAGGCAACCAAACAAUUUUCCUUCUGAUAGUAAUUUUAAACAUGAUGAUCCAACAAAUAUAGAAGAUGUCAUAAAUGAGCUAGAAGCAAUUUAUAAGAGUUUGAACAUUGUGGGUGAAAGCUCAUCAAAACGCAAUCAACAACCAAAAGUUCCUAUAUUAAAAGAUUUUGAAAAAUAUGCAAAAGAAUUUAAAGACGAGAGUUCUUCUGAAGAAAAUGCCGAGCCAGAUAUCGUGAAGGAUGACUUGGCUUUAAGAAAUAUGAAAUAUUCUAACGAUCUUAUAAAGACGAUUGAUAAUCAACCGCCAUUUGGUAUACCUAUUGGUCCAGUACCACCUUCACCAAAUACAGAUUAUUUGCAUGUCCAACCAGAGAAAGACAUUAAAAAACAUCAACCAAUAACGCACAAUUGCCCCGAUAUUAUAACCGAUGACUUAGCUGUUCGUACUUUGCGUAAAGACUCUCCUAGCCGUUCAAAAUCUAAAUUCCAAUAUCCGUACGAUGCAUUGCGAAAGAAACAACGAGCUACACGUACUCAAUCUGCUAACAUUUAUGCUUUAAUUCAAAGAGAUGCUGCGAAGCCAUCUGGUGGUGAUUUGGCGGAUUAUUAUGAUAUUCACAACAAUCUUGAAAAAACAGGAAGUUUAAACGAUAUUUCUCGUGACAUUGAUGAACCACCAAUAACAUUACAAUUAUUGAAAAAUUUGAGAAAUCAAGAACAACAAUAUCAAUCAGCUAACGUUUUGGCACCAAAACGAACUGUAUUUCGCCAUCCUAGUCAAGGUGGUGCUAUUUGUAAUUUACCCACGGUUUUGAAAUGUCAUGAAGAAAAACAAAAACCCCCUGUACCACUUCCUAGAUCAAGUAUAAGCCCCGAUCCAAUUAGAAAUCGAUCUGGGAUGGAAGAAGCACUCAAUCAAAUUGCAAAAGAAGCCAAAGAAAGUAGUGAAAAAUUAAGUCGUGAUUUAUUAGAGCUUAGAAAAGAAGCUUUGCUUAGCAAUGGAAGUAAAAAUGUUAGUAGCGAAAAAAAUUUACUCGACAUUGAAGCAACAUCUAAUGAUUUAAAGAGAUGUGAAGAGAUACUGUUGAAUGUGGUACCAUCAGAAGAAAUUAAAAAACAAGAUUCUCAUCCUCUUACGAGACGGUUAAGCAAAGAAGAGAAAUAUCUGAAUGAAAUAGAGAAGGUUUCUCAUAAAGCGAAUGAAGUUCGAGGGAAACUUCUUGUUGGCAUUGAAAAAUCAAAACCAUCGUCUUAUAUAAAAUCUUCUUCGGAAAUUGCAAAUAGAAAUAUUAAACCAAAAGCAGAAGAAAAAACUGAAUCACCGACAAAACCAAAUAAAAUAAGUUCGAAUGGGAAUUCAAAUGAAAGUUUGAAAAUUUCAAAUUUACUAGAUAAAUUGGAUCCAAGUCCCGGAAAAAUCGAUUCUAUAACAGAACGUUGUAUGCGCCAAAUCACUGCUUUAGAUAAAAGCGACAUUCCACCUACAAAAGAUUUGCAAAAGAAAAAUUCUCAAGAAGAUAAAGACAGUGAAGCUGAUUAUGAUAAUUUGAAUGAAAAUUUGAAACAGAUGACAAUUGCCGCAUCUCAGAUGACAAUUUGUAAAAACCAACAAAAUAACACAGAUUUAAAUAAUAUUUCUACUGAAAAUAUUCUUGUUCCAGAAUCAAAUACAAUGAAACUUAUUAAUAAUGCAAAAACACACAUAACUCAAAUUGAAGAUUCAAGUAAGUUGGAAUCAACUGAUAAUGAUGAAGAAGAAGAAGAAAUUGAUAAAAUUAUGAAAGAAUGUGAAAAGAAUGCUAUCAUUAAAGGUGACAAUGGUAGUAGUAAUGCUAGUAGUAAUGCAAAAAUCAUCAACACAAGUAAUAGCUCACUAGAUAAAAAUCAAAGAUCCAUUAAUAAUGUUAAAAAAUCACUUUCAACCGAUGAUUCAUCACAACAUUGUUAUGGUUCUGAUGAUGCUGUAACUACAGCCACCGGUUGUACUGAUGGUGGUAUAGAUCAAGUUGAAGGCAUAUUUAUUACACCACUUUAUUCAUCAUCAGAUUGCAUAAAAUCAUCUAGUCCGGGCUCAACCAAUUUGCAAUUAUCAUCUAGUUUAACUUCAGCACAUAAUGGUGGUUUUUCAUCUAGUGAUUAUGUCAAAUCACCAAGUAGUGAAUAUGCAAAUCAACAAAGUUGCACCUCGGAUCCCAUAAAAACAUUUAGCACAACAUCAUAUGAUUGUUCAACAUCAUCAGCUACACCAAAUUUAAUUAAUUUAUCCUCACCAAUAUGUAGUAGUGAAUAUGAUAAUACAACAAAUAAUAAUAGUCAAAUAAUAGAAACACCAUCUCCUCCAUUAAAUUUAACACCAAUUGGUAAUGAGGUUCAAAUAAAAUCGUCAUCAUCUAAGUCAAUUCAUAAAUCAAAUAGUAUUGAUAGUUUAGGCAGUAAUAAUAAUCAAUCAUCACAAUAUAAUUCGUCAGAAGAAUUAGCAGCUAUAUUUGGUAUAACUCGAUCAUCAUCCCCAAUUACAAUUGAAUCACAAAUAUCUAUUAAAGCACCAAUUGCUACAACUGAAGCUAAUAAUGAUUUCUUAUUUAGUGAUGAAUAUAAUACACAAGGUAAAAAUAAAUUAUUGACAACAAAAUCAUCUAAUGCCCAUCAUAAUUAUAACAGCAUUAGUAAGAAAAAAUUCCAAAACAAUAGCCAAAGAUUGUUAUAUAACGAAAAGCAAUGCUCUAAAUGUGAAUGUAUUAAAAGUAACCAAAAUAUUAUUAGCGAUUUUAAAUUACAUUCUAACCUUCAUAACAGUUCAAUGAAUGAAAUAACUAACAGUAAAAAUAAUGUUUUUAUUAAUGAUUCUUUAAAACUUUUAUUAAAAACUAACAUUCCUAAAGAUAAUAGUAAUGAAUUAUGUUUUGCUUGUUCAACAAAUCAUUCUAAAAAUCAUUCAAUUGAUAAUGCUACUAAUUCACUAGAAAAAAAAAUUUCCCACAAUCCUUAUUCAAUGUCACAGACACGUGAUUCUAACAAGUUUUCUUCGAAUAAAGAACCAAAUUUAAAAUGUAAAAUAUCAAAUGGAAUUCAAUCAAUACUUAAUGUAAUUCCUGAAUCAAAUAAUGAAUCAUCUUGCUCACCAUCAGGUAGUAUUGAUAGCUAUUGUAAUUUAGCUUCAAAUAGUGAACAAGAUUAUGUAAGUUUUAGCCCACGUACAAACACAUAUUCAAGUAAUGUACAUAUUGUAUUAUCAGAACAAAAUGUUGAUUCCAAUUCAACAAAUCAAGUAACACAAUUCGAUUCAUUAACUUCAUUAGAAGAAGAUAAUUCUUCAAAUCCAGAUUCUGGUAAUGUAAGCUUAUCAGAUUUCCCAGUUCAGCAGUACAUUAACAAUAAUAGUUCUAGUUUUGAAGUCGAAUUACAACACAAUAGUAAAUUCAAUGUUUCUGGAAAUUUUGUCAAUGAAGUUAAAAUUCCAACACCUUACGAAUGUACUGAUCAAACUGAAAUUAAUUCUAGAAAUAUUGAUGAAAUUGAUUCAGUUAGUGAUUAUGUUGAUUUAAAAACCAAAGAUUUUAAUGAAAUUUCUAAUAAUAUUGAAUGUUUAUUAUCAACAUCAAAAAUUAAUGAUAAUACAUUAAGUACAAGUUCAACACCUGAUUCAUUUAAAUCACUUGAUAAUACAUUAGAUUUAUCUGAUGAUUUAAAUAAUUUUGAAAUUUCAAAUAAUUAUAAUUAUAAUGAUGAUCAUAAUGAUAUUAUAUCAAUAAAAGUACCAUUAUUAAAGCCUUUAAAUCAAUUAAAAUUAUUUAAACCACCUGAAUAUGAUGAUGACGAUUUUUAUACAGAUGAUAAUCAACUUUCAUCAAUUGAAGAAGAAGAUGAAAAUAUGAGUGAAUGUGAUAUUCAUAUUGAUAAUGAUAAUAUUAUUGAAUCAGAUACAGAAGAUUUAGAAUUAAAACAAUUUGAAUUAUUGGAAAAUCAUUUUCGAACAUCAUCUAGUAUUGAUAAUUUACCAAUUGAUUUAAAUAAAGAUUCUAAAAUACAAAAAGAUCCUUUAUUAUCCUGUCAAACAUAUGAACAAUAUAGAAUAAAAAAUUUAUUGAAAGAUACGGAUAAUAUCGAAAAAAAUGAUUCCAAUUCAAAUGAAUGGAAAUUGAUUAAUCAAAAUCGAAUUUCAUUACCAUCAACAUCAAAAGAUCAAACAAUUGUAUUACCACAAAAUAAUAGCAAUUCAAAUUCUAAUAAUAAUGAUAAUAAUGAUACAAAUAAAAACAAUAAUAAUAAUAAUAAUAAUAAUGAUGAUGAAAAUAAUGAUUCAAAUACAAUAGAUCAUAACAAUAGAAGAGAUGAACUAUUAUUUAGUGAUAAAUUACAAUUAGCACAUCCAGAUGCCGCUAGAACAACAAUAUUAGAACACAUGUUAAUUGUAUGCACAUAUGGUUUAGCAAGCAAUGAUGUUUUUACAUUUUUUGCCAUUAUUGUAGCUGUCAUCACAUUAAUUGCUCUGUUAUUGCUCUAAAAUUUACUUAUACACAUUGUUUUUGUUCUUUUCCUAAACGCUUUUAUUAUUGUAACAGUGUUAUCGUUUUUUUUUUUAGUUUUUUUUUUAUCAUCACCACCUUACAUGCUAUUUUAAUUUUAGUUUUUCAUUUUCUACAUUUAAUAAUUCUCAAUAAUUUAUUAAAUGUGUUAAAAAUUGUGACAUAAACAAUCAUUUAAUUAUUCACAAUAGUAAUUUUCAAAUUAACAGUAUUUUAUAUUAUUUUGUAUUGUAUUAAGUUUAAAAAUCAUUUACAAUAGAAAAAUAAAAAUCAAAUAUAGAAUUUGAAAGAAUGUGGAAUGAGACAGAAAAUGUAAUGUGAAAAUGUGGCAAAUUAAAAAUUCUUUUAUAAUUUUAUUUUUGUUUUUCUCAAUUACAUAAUUAUUAAAUACAAAAAUAAAAAAAAAAAACAAAAAUAUUAACAUAGAUAAGAAAAUAUUUUAUAUUACAAAUAUAUAAUCGUAAAUACAUA